AUGCCGUUACCACUACCUUCGAGUUUUGCCUCUGCUGCUGCUGGCAUUAACCAGGAUUCAAAGAGAGAUGGUUCUAUGAGCGGAGAAUGGACGCGGUCUCGUACAAACGGCGCGACACAGACUUUCCGCCGUCCCUCUGUUGCGACAAAUCUAUCGCACAAUCGUGAUAGUAGUAGUCAACCUACGUCUACAUCUACUCCUACUUCUACCGCAUACAUUCCUCCUCAUAUGACGUCCAACUAUCAGUCUCGCAACGGUUCAACUGGCGACAGCCGAUACUCGAAGGAAGAUCUUUUGAGCAUCUUUAAGGGUCAGCGAGAUUCAGGAGCGUUAGGGAAGAAUAUGGGAGACCAUUUCCUAGCCUCGUGGAACCCUCUUGAAGAGACUGGGAACACUAACGGUACCUGGGUGAAGAAAGAGGAUCAAAAAGACUCUCCUCCGGGACCUGAGGUUUGCUGGGACCAUUUGGGACAUUAUGAACCACUAGGCCUAAUAGAUAUGACGGAAGAGGAACGUGAGCUCUUUUCGACUACUGUUAACUCCCCUCUGAAACCUCCACCAUCAAGCGCCACCAAGGACAAUACUUCUGGUGUUGGUGGACGGAAAGCCUCGGUCUCCCAUUCGACCCCGUUCAACACUUCCUCUCCGAGCUCUGGACGACCCGGUACGCGACGUCGAGAAACUCAAGAUUCAACAGGCAAUCCCAUGUCUCCGACUGGCGGUUCUCGUUUCUUCCGGGAAGAACCUAAUACAACUACACCUCCUCCUUCUCUACUUCGCCGUAAAACCGACCUUAGAGAUACAGGAUCGAGUUAUAAACAACCUGAAGAGAAAGACAAGACCAAAGAUCUACCCGAUAUUUCGUCUCCGUUCGGGUCUCUGAAACGGAGCGCUACGAACCCAGUAGUCAGUGGUCUGGCCGGUGCCUCCUCGCCUUGGACGUCAAGCUCCCAAACUGCAAACUUGUCACCGAUGGGCGCUUUCGGAAGCUUUUCGCUCGGUACUUCCAGUCCUCAAACUACAACAUCUACCGUUGAGAAAAGACCUGGCUUUGGCAGUGUUCGUGGCGAAAGCAGAUUCAAGGGGUUGCUCUCAAAAGAUAGCUCGGAGGAUGUUGGAAUGCUAGCUAAGGAUAAAAGCUUGGCGAAGGAGAUAGAGCGUCUUGCCGAGACCGAGGCGACAAGUCGCUCGCAAUCACCAUGGAAUGAUACUCUUAAGACUCGUCCUACCCGCAGCGAAACGAAUCCCUUCGAUGAGCCUCGCAGUGGGAGUGCUGCUCUUGGCGGCUCUGAGGAAGUCGGGUCGGGUAUAGACGAGCUUGGAUUCUCCGCGUUUGGUAUGACCGCUGGUGUUCCUGGCCUUCGAGAUCUACUCGGCCGUGGUGACGGUGCCCAUGCUUCUCCAAGUCACCUCCAGGGACUUGAGCCAACCAGCCCAACAAACACGAAUCCCUACCAAAGCCCGCGAGGCGAGAAGAUUGAUGAUGACGUGGACACUGAUGGCUCUGACGUGCAGCGAAGUCAGCAUCCAGGCAUAACCGGGCUACGCGAUGACUCUGCAGCUCCCUCUUUUGGUUCUAUCCGACGUGGCGGCUCUGCUGUAGACAUGUCUGGUGGUGAUCGCAGUCAAACUUCUAGUGUAGGUCCGGGCAGGGGUUUCUCUAACCUUGGCGGACUAGCCGGUCUUCCCGCUAUUGGUAGCUCAGGGGCAUGGCCUUCUGCCGGAGCAAUUGGGACACCAACACGUGAGCGAGCUGCUUUCACAGGAUUUGGUGAUCCUAUCUUUGGGUCUAUGGCCGAAGUUCAGUCUCCAGGUCUUUCUACACUCGGUGCAGGUGGUUUCUUCGGUUCUCACGGGGGGCUUGGUGGGACUGGCGGCAUCGGUCGGGCGAGCAAGAUGGGUUCUCUUUUCCCGUCUUCCAUGCAAGACAAUACGCACGGUGAUAUUGGACGUCAGGAAGACGGGAAUCGGUCUCAAGGUGAGCUAUAUAAGAGAUCGGAUGUCAAUAUUGAAACCGUGACUUAUUCUGUGACAGAUCACAAGCCUUCUACAUCGACGCCUUUGCAACUUCCGCCCACCUCAGCCGCUAGUACUUUGACAACACCUCUAGCUUCAACAUCGGAAGUCCCACAGAAUCACCAUGUCUCGUCUGGUGGGGUCGCUGGUGCCAUCCCGGCAGCUCAGCAACGGACCAUGGUAAUGCCGGAUCGUAUGCGAUGGAUCUACCGUGAUCCGCAGGGAAACAUUCAAGGACCUUGGUCAGGAUUGGAAAUGCACGAUUGGUUCAAAGCAGGAUUUUUCACCGCGGAACUUCAAGUCAAAAAGCUCGAGGAUCCUGACUUCGAGCCUUUAGCUCAACUUGUUCGUCGCAUUGGAAAUUCCCGCGAGCCAUUCCUUGUACCUCAGAUAGGCAUACCUCAUGGGCCCGAGCCCAAUCAAGCUGCAACAUGGGGGACUGGAACACAGCCCGGUGCCGCUCAACCUCCGUUCGCAAACAGCUUCCCUACCUUUGGAACGACGCUCACUGCAGAGCAGCAGAAUGCAUUGGAACGGAGAAAGCAGGAGGAACAAUAUCUCAUGGCUAGGCAGAAGGAGCAUCUUGCUCAACAACAAGCUAUGAUGAAGCAAAUUCAAUUACAGGGGGGGCCACAUAAUGUGCAACCCCAGCUUCAACACCAUUCCAGUGCACACAGCCUCCAAAGCCAGCCCAGUUUUGGAAGCAUCACGUCUCCUACGGGUGGUUAUCAGCAAUCUCCUAUCCAGCCACCACAGCCAAUGCCAGGCUACUUCGAUGGCCCCUUCAGACAGAAUACUCUCCCUUUCGGACCUCAAAUCCUCGGGACGGACUUCGGUUCACACGAUGAACUCCCGGGAUUUCUCGAUCGCCUAAAUCUGAGCCGUCCUGGCCCCUUCCCUUUGAAUUCUCAAGGCUCUUAUAGCGGUCGUCAGCAAGAAGCCGGCAUACACCCCCAACAGGUCAACUCAAUUUUGCAGGAACGUGCACGCCUUCAGCAAGAGCAGGAGCAAUACGACAAGACCCAUUCGGAUAGUAUUUUCGAGCAACAAGCGCGUGAUGAACGUCUUCGCCAGUUCCACGCUCUCCGCUCCGAUGAAGAAGAGAACAUGCUGAGAGUUAGCGAAGGUUUGUCGUCUCUCCCGACUUCUGCCACGGCCGAGCAGCCUGAGAUAUCCCGGGAGCAACAGGAUCAAGAAGCUUUUUUGCGGGAUCAAGAAACAUUUUCCGAUGAACCACUCUCUCUUUCCCAGCAGGUGCAAAAGGCAGCUAGUGCGCAAAGACAACAGCAACAACAGCAGAAGCAAGCACAAGCUGACGCUGCAUGGGUGGCUAAAGGUGAUUCUGGUAUUCCUCACCCUUUCCCACCUCCUCCCUCGCAAUCUCCACUUCCAGCACCGGCAGCUCAGCGGAAUCGCCAGCACGUUGCUGAUGCUCUUGCAGCAACUUCGCGCUCCCAGAACCAGACACCUGUUGAAACACCAACCGCUUCCAUCGCUCCCUGGGCGAAGGAUAGCAUUGAAGCGCCAAAGGGCCCAUCUUUGAAAGAAAUUCAGGAGGCAGAGGCUCGCAGCGCGGCUCAGCGCGAAGAACUUGCAGCACAGGCCCGUCGAGCUCAACUUCUGGCAGAACAAGAACGUCUCUCGCAAGCGCAACAAGCAACGGCUCCCGGGUUGCCAUCAACAGCAAACUGGGCCAGCGGUAUGUCUCCAUCCACACCCAGCACUGCAAGUUCAGCUUGGUCCAAGCCAGCUGCAAAGGCUGCGGGUUCUCCUGCCAAGACUCUUGCUCAGAUUCAGAAAGAAGAAGAGGCACGCAAGCAGAAAUUGGCCCAGGUCAAUGCCGUUCAGGCUGCAGCCAUUACAGCAGCUUCUCCGGUAUCAGGAAAGCGGUACGCUGAUCUCGCUAGUAAAGUAGCCGCGUCACCAACGUCCGCAACCUCAGGUGCAUGGACUACAGUUGGGGCCGGUGGUAAAGCCAAGGCACCUCCAGCUGCUCCAGUUGGACCUCGCUCUACCAGCGCUACGCUUUCUGUUCCUCAGGUUGCAAAGCCAAGACCUGCAGCUCCCGCCAGAACAUCGACCAUUGUCAACACCCCAGUAUCUAAUGCAAACCGCGCAAACGAAGAGUUCACGAAAUGGGCCAAGAUAACCCUAGGAAAGGGUUUGAACAAUGGUAUCAAUGUGGACGACUUCGUACAGCAACUACUCUUAUUGCCAGCUGAAGCAGAAAUUAUCUCCGACUCUGUCUAUGCCAACUCUCAGACAUUGGAUGGUCGUCGUUUCGCAGAAGAAUUCAUCCGCCGCCGCAAGCUUGCUGAUAAGGGAAUCGCUGACCCUGUUAGUACCAGUGCAUUGACUGACCAGAAAGCAGCUUCUGGCGGCUGGAGUGAAGUUGCCAAGAAGUCCUCAAUCCAACCUAGACAGGAGGACGAUAGCGCUGCUGCAUUCAAGGUUGUUGCCAGCAAGAAGAAGGGCAAGCGGUAAAUUCUCACGUGAACUGAGAGCCGUCUAGUUUGCAUUUGAAAAAAGGUGUACAAGGCUUAUGGAACGCGAAAAGUGAUGUCUUGUUUGUUAUGUUGCGGAAUUGAAUAAAGGCAUGGACUUGGUGAAAGGAGCUACAAGUAUCAAGCCUUGCAAGGUCGAGAAUGUCACCAUCCAGCGAUUGUAACGUACUUGGUUUGGAUAGUGGCCUUGCCUCUUCUCUCCUGAAGCUAAGAUGUACAAUACCUAGGUAACCUAGCAAUGAACUGGGAUUAGUGAUAGAUUGUGCACAGU